AUGCAGGAGGAGACAGCUGGAGUGCCCAUACGGACGGUCAAGAGCUUUAUGUCCAAAAUCCCCAGCGUUGUCACAGGAGCAGAUAUUGUUCAAUGGCUGAUGAAGACUUUGGGCAUUGAGGAUACAGAAGCCAUGCACAUGGGCUCCCUCAUCGCCUCUCAGGGAUAUCUCUUCCCCAUCUCGGAUCACAUUCUCUCCCUCAAAGACGAUGGCACUUUCUACCGCUUUCAGGCUCCGUAUUUUUGGCCGUCUCACUGCUGGGAGCCAGAGAACACAGACUAUGCCAUCUACUUGUGCAAGCGCACCAUGCAGAACAAAACCAGGCUGGAGCUGGCAGACUACGAGGCUGAGAACCUCGCCCGACUGCAGAGAGCCUUUGCCAGAAAGUGGGAGUUUAUCUACAUGCAGGCGGAGGCCCAGGUCAAGAUUGACCGGAAGAAAGACAAAACGGAGCGGAAGAUUCUGGACAGUCAGGAGAGGGCGUUUUGGGACGUGUACCGGCCUGUGCCUGGAUGUGUGAACACCACAGAGAUGGACAUCAGGAAGUGCAGGAGGCUGAAGAAUCCACACAGAGUGAAAAAGUCUGUGUACGGUGUGUGUGAGGAGGGUCCGCCAUCUCAGAGCCCCAUCCACACUCCGGCUCUCCACAGCCGCAAGGGGACCAAGGAGGACGUGGAGAAGGAGAUCCAGUUCCUGAACAUCCAGCUAGACCGUCACUGUUUGAAGAUGUCCAAAGUGGCCGAGAGUCUGAUUGGCUACACUGAGCAAUAUUUGGAGUAUGACCCCUUCAUAGUGACCCCUGACCCCUCCAACCCCUGGACCAGCGACGAGCCAUCCUACUGGGACCUGGAAGCAAGUAAGGAGCCCAGCCAGCAGAGGGUGAAGAAGUGGGGCUUCUCUCUGGAGGAAGCCCUCAAGGACCCACUGGGGCAGGACCUCUUUCUGCGCUUCCUGGAGUCAGAGUUUAGCUCUGAGAAUCUGCGCUUCUGGCUGGCCGUGCAGGACCUGAAACGCCGGCCGCAGCAGGACGUGGCUCAGCGCGCUCAGGACAUCUGGGCAGAGUUCUUGGCAGAAGGAGCUCCCUCCCCCAUCAACCUGGACUCCCACAGCUACGAGAGGACCAGUCACAACCUCCAAGACCCGGGCCGGUACAGCUACGCAGAGGCCCAGGACCACAUCUACCACCUGAUGAAGAGCGACAGCUACAGCCGCUUCCUGCGCUCCAAUGUGUAUCAGGACCUGCUAAACACCCGCCGAAAGCUUUCGACCGAUCAGGGCAGACGGACAUCUCUGGAGAAGUUCACUCGCAGCAUGCUGUAUGGCAAGUCUCUGACAGGGAAGCGGAUCACCGGCCUGAUGCAGUCCUCUUGA